CCCGAGAAGCCGCCCUACUCGUACAUCGCGCUCAUCGUCAUGGCCAUCCAGAGCUCGCCCAGCAAGCGCCUGACGCUCAGCGAGAUCUACCAGUUCCUGCAGGCGCGCUUCCCCUUCUUCCGCGGCGCUUACCAGGGCUGGAAGAACUCCGUGCGCCACAACCUCUCGCUCAACGAGUGCUUCAUCAAGCUGCCCAAGGGCCUCGGGCGGCCGGGCAAGGGCCACUACUGGACCAUCGACCCGGCCAGCGAGUUCAUGUUCGAGGAGGGCUCCUUUCGGCGGCGGCCGCGCGGCUUCCGAAGGAAGUGCCAGGCGCUGAAGCCCAUGUACAGCAUGAUGAACGGGCUCGGCUUCAACCACCUCCCGGACACCUACGGCUUCCAGAGCUCAGCCGGCGGCCUCUCGUGCCCGCCCAACAGCCUGGCGCUCGAGGGCGGCCUGGGCAUGAUGAACGGCCACUUGCCGGGCAACGUGGACGGCAUGGCUUUGCCCAGCCACUCGGUGCCCCACCUGCCCGCCAACGGCGGCCACUCGUACAUGGGCAGCUGCGGCGGCGCGGCGGCCGGCGAGUACCCGCACCACGACAGCUCGGUGCCCGCGUCCCCGCUGCUGCCCGCGGCCGCCGGUGGGGUCAUGGAGCCGCACGCCGUCUACUCGGGCUCCCCGGCCGCCUGGCCGCCCUCGGCCUCCGCGGCGCUCAACAGCGGCGCCUCCUACAUCAAGCAGCAGCCCCUGUCCCCCUGCAAUCCCGCGGCUAACCCCCUGUCCGGCAGCCUCUCCACGCACUCCCUGGACCAGCCGUAUCUGCACCAGAACAGUCACAACGCCCCAGCUGAGCUGCAAGGCAUCCCGCGGUAUCACUCGCAGUCGCCCAGCAUGUGUGACCGAAAGGAGUUCGUCUUCUCUUUCAACACCAUGGCGUCCUCGUCCAUGCACUCGGCCGGCGGCGGCUCCUACUACCACCAGCAGGUCACCUACCAAGACAUCAAGCCGUGCGUGAUGUGAGGCCGCCGGGCCCUCCAGGCACGGGCCGGCCCGGCGCAGGACCUCGGAACACAUUGCCAGAAACUGCUUUAUUCUCGAGGUAUAACCGUCGGCAGAAGAAAAGGGUUUGACCCCUCCCCAACCGGAUUAUUUGGAAAGGAGUCCCCAAGGCAAAGACCCAGCGCAGUAGUCGGCACUUCCUCCCCCACUCCCUCAAAAAUUUUUAAAAAUGGUGGCGGCGGGGCCUGAUCUGACUGCAGCUGUUGGUAAAUAAAUAUCCAUUUUUGAUCCAAUUGAAACCGGCCGAGAAGGUGCUGUGUUGGGGAAACCCUCACCAUCUAAACAAGAUUCUGCUGCGGUCUCCCCCCUUCUCCUCCGAUGGCAAAAGUGGGGAAGGUUUAUAGAAAAAAGGCAAGCACGUGAGACCGUCACUAUCAAAUACUUUUAUUUUUUGAUUAUUUAUCUUUUUAUUUUUAAUUUUGUUGGAAAGAAUGUCUUGGAAUGCGCAAGUCUCCUUUUAGAGCCGUCUUUUGCAGGGAAGGGGGGGACGAGAAACCGCGCUCUCCCUCCCCACCUCAGAAGUCCUCCGUGACCGCAGGUGGAUCUUUGUGGGAACAACUUGCGUUUCUGAAGCCACUGUUCGUCUUA